CAUAUAAAUUAUUUUAACUAAAUUAUAACUAAUACAAUGGUUAUUUACUUGUGUUUAACUGGAUUUUACUUCUUAUGCAUAAUAUCCAGUACUGUAUGCGACAUAUGUUCAACAUGUUCAUGUUCAAGUACAUUAGAGAGAGGACCAAUAAUUGAUUGCCAUGAAAAAAAUUUGAAAAGCAACGACAUAAUUAAUUUUGAUUUGUUGAUGCUAAAUGAAAAUGUACUGUACAACAAACUUAUAUUGUCAAAAAAUGAUAUAAUUACCUUACCUGAGCAUUUAAUUAAAAAAUUGAAAUUUUUCAAGAGCUUAGAUUUAUCUGAAAAUAUAAUGAAAGAAAUACACGUAAUGACGUAUGUAAAUCUGACUAAUCUUGAAGAUUUAAAUCUAUCUAAAAAUACAAUAACAACGUUUGAUGAUUCAUUAUUGACAGUACUUCCUGAAUUGUUGUCGUUGAAUCUAAGUUACAAUGAUAUUAACUUAAUAGAAAAUACAGCGGAUAAAAUUCUAACGGCUAUUAAUACUUUGGAUCUUUCGCAUAAUAACAUAUCCAAUUUGCCUAAUAAAUUUUUUGAUCCAUUAACAAAUUUACAAUAUUUGGAUCUGUCGUUCAACAGAAUUCAUUCUUUAGAAGAAAAUAAUCUAUUGAAUUUGAAUUCAUUGAAAACCAUUUAUAUAAAUAACAAUUUCCUUACUUCGUUGAAUUUCCGAAUAUUUCCAAAGUCUUUAAUCGAACUGCACUCUGGAUAUAAUUUAAUUACAGACGUACUUUAUGAACCGUCUCAAAUCGAAGUACUAAACAUAGAAUACAAUCAAAUCUCCGAAAUAGACACAAAUUUAAAAAUGCUAAAUUAUCUACAACAUUUAAACGUUAGUGGAAACAUAUUACCAAACUUUCCAAAUACCUUAUGUGAAAAUUUGAAAACCUUGGACAUAUCUCAUAAUAAGUUAGUUUCUAUUCCUGAAACAUUAUCCGUUAAAAAUUUUCCACUGUUGCGUCAACUUAAUGUUGGCAAAAAUCCUAUACAAAAUUUAACAUUUAGCUCUGAUUUAAACUUGAACUUAUUCAUGGCAUCUAAUAUAAGUAUGUUGGAAGUUAUCGACAAAGCUACAUUUGCAAAAUUAAGAGUACCUUCAACGCAGUGUAUCAAUCUUACUAUAUCUAAUAAUGAAAGGCUAUCUACGAUUCACGAAGAAGCUUUUGAGCAUUUAAAUUUAUGUUCUUUGGAUUUAAGCAACAAUGGAAUUGACUAUGUCACACAGAAGUUAGUUUCAUGCAAUACUAGUUCUAUAGCAUGCAGUAUUAAUUUACAAGGGAAUCCAUUCAAAUGUAAUUGUUCGAUGCAAUGGAUGCUGGAUGACAUGGUGCCAAAACUUUAUUCCGACCAGCCCAAUCUUUUAAAUAAUUUGAGGUGUGCUUCGCCUCCACAACUAGCAAACAUAAGAAUGGUACAUUGGUACGGAUGGAAAGAUCAAGUUUUCUGUUCUCAUACGUCAAAUUUUAGUGAAAAUCUUACAAUGAAAGUUGCUAACGUAUUAGACAAUACUAAAACAGUGAUGUUCGAUUCUAGUACUGGUCUGCUUGCCGUUUUAGGAACAACCAUAUGUGUAUUAUCAAUUCUAAUAAUACUAGGUAUUGUUUGGACACGAAGGUUAUACAUGAAAAAGAGAAGAAUCAACCGGAAGUUUUAAAAUUCAUUGUUUUU